UUUUUUUUUAUUUUUUUUUAUUUUUUUUCUUCUUUCUGACCUUUGUUCUAAUCAUCCUUCUUCUUUUUUAUAUACCACUUCAUUCUUUCAUCUUUAUAUUUAAUUACUCGUACAUUUAAAAUACACUUACUAGGCAUCUUUGUUUGUCUUUUUCUUUUACUGUAUAUUUCAAUCAACUUAAUGUACAGUUCUGAAUACAUCUCUUACCAUUCUCAAUAAAACACAAAAGACGAACUAUAAUAUCUAUGGAAACAGCUCAAGAAGAUUUUCAAUCUUUACCUAUUACUGAAAGACUUCAACACAAGGUUUGGAAAGCUCGUCAAUCUGCCUAUACUGAAUUAUACGAUCUUUUCCGUAAAACAGUGGAAGAUGCCGACUUUUAUCAAUAUGAAGAAUACCUCAAAAAUAUCGCCACAGACGCCAAUGCUGUAGCUCAAGAAACCGGUUUGAAUGCCAUAUAUGAAUACGUCAACAAUGCUCCUAAUGCUUCCAAUACUCGUGAAUCUGUAGUGCCUGCUUUAGUUCAAAAGUGUCUUGGAGCACCAAAGGCUGGUACAAAACAAAAAGCAACUAGCAUCAUAUUACUUUAUGCUGAAAUAGACGUAGCAGAUCCUGUCGUGGAAUUGGUACUUCCUGGCCUACAAGCAAAACAACCUAAAUUGGUCACUCAAACUGUAGUAGUUUUACGGGAAUUAGUGAGACAAUUUGGAACUAAGACUGUUAGUCCCAAACCAUUGAUCAAGACAUUACCAAAAUUAUUUGGUCACACUGAUCGUAAUGUUCGAGCAGAGACAUUUACUUUGACAACUGAAAUAUAUAGAUGGAUUGGCGCUGCUCUCACACCUUCAUUAUCUGACCUCAAACCUGUGCAGAUUAAAGAAUUGGAAGAAGCUUUUGCGAAAUUACCCUCUGAAAAACCAACACCAGAAAGAUUAUUACGAUCUGAACAACAAAAGUUAGCCGAAACUGAAGCAAUGGAUGUGGAAACUGGUGAUACUAACCAAGAUGAAGAUGAAGCUGAACCAAUGGAUGAAGAACCUAUGGAUCCUUUUGAUUUGGCUGACCCAAUCGAUAUCACUUCAAAAUUACCUGGAAACUUUUAUGAACUUUUGGCAUCGAAAAAAUGGCAAGAACGACGAGAAGCUUUGGAUGCCUUACUAGAAUCAACAAAGACACCAAAGAUUAUGGAUAAAGAUUAUUCCGAACUUGUGGGGGCUUUAACAAAGCGUAUUGGUGAUUCAAAUAUUUUACUGGUCGGAACAGCAGCAAAUUGUAUCGAGUCUAUUGCCAAGGGAUUACGAACAGAGUUUGGAAAAUAUAAAGGAAUGGUGGUACCGCCUAUGAUCGAAAAACUUAAAGAACGGAAACCGGCAAUUUUAGAACAACUGGUCAACUCUUUACAUGCUGUUUUCUCCUCUGUACCUAUUUUAGAAAUCACUGAAGACCUCUCUAUCGCGGUCAAGCACAAGAAUCCUCAAAUAAGAGCUCAAUCUGUCAAAUUACUUACUCGACAAUUACAAACUAUUCGUCAAGUACCCUCGAAAUCAGAAACAAAGAUAUUUGCUGAAAUGAUGUUGAAGACUUUGGAUGAUGCUGACGCAAGUGCUCGUGAAGCUAGUGCUGAAGGAUUAGGAACUUUAAUGAAAGUAGUGGCAUUCGACAAGGCUGAAGUCAAAGCGAAACCUGUAGUUGCCAAAAAACCACAGCCACCUCCAGCAAAGAAACCAGUUCCAGCACCGCCCAAAAAGGUCAAACCAUCCAAACCUGUCGAAUCUGAACCUGAACCUAUGGCUGUCGACAGUGAACCCAUGAUGGCAGCGACGGAAAUGACUCCACCAAAACGUAAACCACCAGCAAGACUUUUAGGAGGCAAUACCAAGAAACCAACGCUAUCAUCAUCCAAACCAAAACCAGCAACGACUUCUGCUACCAGUGGUACUCCAAAGAAAGCCGCCAAAUUACCUCCUUCUAGUGGACCCGAAGAAGUUAAAUAUCGUUACUCACCUGAAGAUGCUGAAGCUCGUGUAUCCGACUAUAUUCCUGAACAAAUUUGGGAUGAAAUUGGACAAAGUCAAUGGAAAGUUCGUUUAGCUGCUAUGGAAUCACUAUAUACACAUUUGGAAUCUAGCUUGGAACCUAGCGACAUUGAAGCUGAAAUCGUUAUUCGUUGUUUAUCCAAGAAACCAGGUUGGAAAGAAAUGAAUUUUCAAGUUAUGACCAAGCUUUAUGGAGUAAUGCAGUUGCUUGCUACUGUCUGUCCUUCUUUCUCUCGUGCAUGUGCUGCUAUCGGUAUUCCAGGUAUGGUGGAAAAACUAGGGGACAUCAAACUUAAAAAACCUGCUGGUGAAUGUUUGGUGACAUUUGCUGAAAAAACUUCCUUGCAAUUUGUUCUAUCUCAAUCUUACCCCAUCUGGAAGAAAGCCAAGUCACCAAAAGUUCUGGCCGAUUCUCUGAUCUGGAUUCAUCAAGCUCUAUCUGAUUUUGGUAUUGCUGGUCUUCAAGUACGUGAUUUGAUUGAUUUUGUGAAAACUGCUUUGUCAAAUACAAAUGCUUCUGUUCGUACAAGCGCUGUGACUGUACUUGGUAUUUUACGCAUGUAUAUUGGUCCCGAAAUCAUCACGUUUGUUCAAGAUGUCAGUCCUGCUCUGAUGGCAACUAUCGAGAGUGAAUUUGAAAAGGUGUCAAAAUUGGAUCCUCCUCAACCCACAAAGUUUUCUGCUAGUGUGGCUGAUGGUGGCUCUGGAAAAGUCGGCAAUAGUGGUGGGGGUGGUGCUGCCGAGGUUGACGCUUUAGACUCAUUGAUUCCUCGUGCUGAUAUUUCAAAUCAACUUGGCAAAGUGGCAGCUGAUUGCAAUGAUGCUAAUUGGAAGAAACGAAAAGAAGGACUUGAUAAGGUACUGGCUAUUAUCGAUGGAGCAAAUAAACGAAUCAAACCCAAUCUUGGCGAAUUCCCUAGUGUUCUCAAGCAAAGAUUGAAUGACAGUAACAAACUCUUGCAAAUUCAGGCUGUGGAAAUUACUGGAUUGUUGGUGGUAUCUAUGGGCAAACCUUUUGAAAAAUAUGUCAAGGCACUUGCAGGUAGUGUGACUUCAGUGUUAUCAGACAACAAAGCCAACGUGCGAAGCGCUGGUAUAGCUACUUUGGAAAUUAUUCGACAAACAUGUGGAUUUGAAGGAUUGAUUGGCGCCUUUGGUACCAGUCUGGCGGCCGAUUCUCCUGCGUUACGAAAGGAAUUACUUACUUGGUUAUCAACGUCUCUAAAUGAAGAAGAUCCCUCUGGAACUAUUGUGGAUUACUCACCUUUAAUCUCACCUUUACUCUCCUGUUUACAAGAUCGAAAUGCGGAUGUUCGUAAAGCGGCACAAAAUGUACUACCAAUGGUAGUUGCUAAUACUGGAUUCGACAAUGUGAUGAAUAAGGUAUCAGAACUGAAAGGAGCCCAACGUCAAACAGUGAUGCCUUUUGUGGAAGCAGCUCGUGGUUCAGCAUCAGGUUUACCAUCAACAGCAACGGCAACAGCAUCAUCGACAGCACCAGUAAAAUCCAAACGACCAACAUCAUCCACUACUGAAACACGACGACCUGAUUCUGCAGCUUCAAGUGGAUCAGAGGACAAACCAACUAGACUCAAAUCUACUUUGGGAAGAAAGAAGUUAUUAGCUCCUCGGAGUUCAGCAGCAGCAGCAGCAGCAGCAACGACAUCAUCAACAACGGCGACAAAUUCUACAGAACAAUCUCAACCUCCUCUAUUAUCAAGUGAUCCUCGUGCCAAGCAAGUGCGCGCCAAAAAGGAAAUUCGUUGGCAGUUUGAUAAUCCUCGAUCUGAUGUGGUGGAUACUUUACGUAGUUCUUGUGAAUCCCAUAUUCAAUCUGAUAUUCUUGGCCUGAUGUUUAGUACUAGUCAGUAUGCGGAACGUGAUCGUCUCAAUGCUUUGAAUCAACUAGAUGAAUGUAUUGCCAAUCCUGAUAUUGCCAUGGAUAAAUACGGUUUAUCCUUUGAUGACAUGAAGAAACGAUACUUGGCCAAUGCAGAUUUACUGUUCAAGUAUUUGACCAUUCGAUUUUUUGAUACCAACACAAGUAUGCUUAUCAAAUGUCUAGACUUGACCGAACAUCUGGUAGCUGUUUUUGAUGUGGAAGGUGCACCUCUCUCUGAAUAUGAAGCUGUAUCGUUUUUACCAUUCUUGAUCAAUAAGGUUGGCGAUCCAAAAGAAACUAUUCGUGGAAGAAUCCGUACUAUUCUCAAGGCUAUUUGUAUCAUCUAUCCUGCAAGCAAACUACUCAAUUUUCUUUUGGAUACUGCUGCUAAUUCCAAGAACGCAAAAGCUCGAGCCGAAUGUCUAGACGAAGUAGGUGCUUUGAUUCAACGAAAUGGAACGUCGGUCAUGCUACCAAAUAAGGCACUACCUCUGAUUGCUACUCAUAUUGGUGAUCGUGAUGCCGGUGUCCGAAAUGCUGCAUUGAAUGCCAUUGCUCAAGCGUAUAUUUUAAUUGGUGAUCCUGUCUUCAAGUAUGUCAAUCGAUUGGGUGAAAAAGAAAAAGGUAUGUUGGAGGAAAGACUUAAGAGAACGAAACCUUCAGCAAGCGUUCUUGCAGAAAAGGAACGUAUUCAACAACAGCAACAACAACAGCAGGAAUCGGAUGAAAUGGAUGUUGACGACUUGCCACCUAUUACCAGUUUACCUCGUACGCCACGAUCAAGAAUUGGAAAACCACGUUCCCUUCCUCAACCUGUUCAUCACAGUAAUAUCAAUAGUAGACCUACCAGCAUGCAUCAAGAAUCCGAACCUAUGGAAGGAGUCAUGGAUGAAUAUGGUAAUCAAUAUCUUCAAGAUCGAGGAUCGGAACCAAGAACGUUACCUGGACCUUCAUCAAUGCGUCAACCUCGUUCCGCCACUCAACAACAAAUGCAUCAUGGUUUUCACUCACCUCCACCUCCACCGGCGCUUCAGCAAUACCAACAACAACAACAACAACAACAACAACAACAUAUGGCUUCUCCUUAUUACGCAACUUCUCAUCAACAUCAAGAUCAAAGGGAAUAUAUAGUAGAUUAUAUCAUAUCGCAAAUCACCAGUGGAGAUCCUCAACCUAGCAUUGAAGCCUUAAAACAAUUGGACAAACAUCUAAACACACGACCUGAAGUAAUUCUUCCUGAUAUUGAACCAUUGAUUAAUGCCAUUACGUUACAAGUCAGACUAGCCUAUUCUACUGUGGAUCCUCGUAGCCCUGUGACAACCCGUUUGUGCAAACAUUUAGUGAACGCUUUGGUUCUUUUAUUCACAAAUCGUGAUCUUGCUGGUGCAGUAUCUCAAGACGCUUUACAUCAUCUUUUACAAGAGCUUGCCCACCGAUUAUUAGAUCAAAAAAUGCUUUCAUUGGAAUCAGGCCCUCAGUUAUCCAAGGCACUUAAUGUGGCAAUGGUCAAAGUACUAGAAAAUAGUCAAAGAAAUGCAACUUUUAGUGCCCUGUUAUCGAUUUUGGGAACAUGUUCUGCUGGACUGCGACCUGGUGAUUUACCUUCUAGCAAAGAAACCAAAUACACGGAAUUGAUUAUGAAAUGCUUGUGGAAACUGGCAAAGACAAUUCAAGAAAAUCUACGAUCAGGAUCAUUACAACCAGAUCAAUUACUAUUUGAAAUCAAUAAAUUCUUUUUGGUAACUCCUCCUAAUGAAUGGAAACGACGAACUCAAGAUAAUGUGCCUCUCGGUGAAUUGCCUUUGCGAACUGUCAAGACAUUGUUACUCGAAAUGGUGAACGGAUUAGGGGAAGGUGUGUUCCAACAUUUAGUAUUGAUUGAUGAUCCUCAGAAUAGUAGUGUCUAUCCUUAUCUUCAUCAUAUGUUGGAAGCUUGCAAGAAAAAAGAAAUGUUUCAACAACAACAACAACAACAACAUUUAGAAGAACAACAGCAAAUGCACCAACAACAACAUCUACCAGUUGAUCAUACGAACACAAUGGUAAGUAUGGAUCACUCAACUCAAUUACCAUCAUCAUCAUCACCUCAAAUUAUGAAUCAACAACAACAUCAAUAUGAACCACCAGCAAGAACAAUUGCAAGUCCAGCGUCAGCAGCAACAUCGUCACAUGAAGAAUCACCCUAUCAACUUGCUCAACAAUCACCAUCUUUCAGUCGGCCAUCAUCUAUAUCAUCUAUAAGAUCUGGCAAUCUCUUCCGAUCAACAUCUAUUGGGUCUUUCCCUUCAUCUGAUGGACAAAUGCAUGAUGCAACAAUGUAUGGCAAUGUUAUCUCACCACAUCAACAACAACCUCCACCAAUUACAAUGAGUGUAGCAGGUAUGACGACGUAUCAAUCCUCUUUACCAUCACCCAUGGCAGAAUCGCAUUACCAACAGUCAUUAUCAUCGAAUCAUCAAGAUGAUCAAGCACAACCUAUGCAAAUCGAUGGCCAAGGUGCAGCAAUGAACAAGGAAUCAUUAUCGGAUUAUGAAAUGAACAAUGUUUUAAAAGUGAUUUUUGAAAAGAUUGGUACAAGGGAACAAACUAAACAGGGCAUUGUUGAACUAUAUGAAUUCCAAAAGAGAUAUCCCUUGGCAGAAAACAAGGUCAAUACUUACCUUAGUCAAACUGGUACUUAUUUCCAACGAUAUAUCCAACGUGGUCUUCAUAAUCUAGCAGCAGAGGAUCAUGGUAUUUGAAGAAUGGUUUAGAACAGUUUUUUUUUUUUUAAUCCCUACCUCCUUCUUUUCUCUUUCAUCUAUUUAUAUAUUUCCCACUUUUUCUAUCUCAUUAGUAAUAAAAGAUAACUUAAAUAUCGAUAUUUA